AUUCAACUCAAAAAUAUUGUUUCUUUAAUCCAUAUACUCGCACUCGUUAUUGUUCUAUCCUCUCAUGGCUUCUUCACCAUUUUCUCUAACAAAUCAAAUACUUGGUCCCAAAUUCUCACCUCCAUCUCCGCCGUGCCAUGUCGGUUUCCGCUGCCAACUUCCCAUCUCCGCCACUUCUGCCACCGUAAGUAGUAGCAGCAAUGUUUCACAAACGGCGUCGUUGUACGAUUUUCUGGGAAUUCAAAUGGGUGCUUCAGGUCAAGAAAUUAAGACUGCGUAUAGAAGAUUGGCCAGAAUCUUGCAUCCUGACGUUGCAUUGCAUCUCGGAGACGAUGACACGUCUGCAGCCGACCAGUUUAUGAGAGUGCAUGCCGCUUAUGCCACUCUAUCUGAUCCUCAGAAGCGAGCGAAUUAUGACCUAGCACUUUCACGGCGGAGGAUGGGAUCUUGGCCGCCGUCGGCGAGUGGAUUUGCUCGGUACACUGCCCGGAGCCGGAAUUGGGAAACCGACCAGUGUUGGUAGCUCAAUGACACUUUUUAGCUCAAUACUGCGUGUAAAUAUUUAGUACAUGUUUGGCUAAGUAUUAAGUAUAUAAGUCGUAAAUUGUAAUAAAUAAUUUAUUCUUAUCAAAGUUAAAGGCAAUCGCUCGGAUGUUUCCACAAUCCAACCAAGGGAACGGGCGGGAGGGGACCAUAGGAUGAGGAAUGUCUGCAUCUCGUUGCAAGGCUCAUUUUGAAUUGAAUUGUGGGUCGUACAGUGAACAACUUUAUCUGAUCAAGGGUCGAGAAUCUCGAUUCGUGAUACAAUUAGCAGAAAUAUAAAUAAGCUGUUUAAUAGUAACAUAUCGCGCUCUUAGAAAUAAGUAUUUUUUAUGACUUAUGCAUUGGCAUGUGUGGAAUAAAGAACUUUCUUUAUAUGUACGGAUUAUGACGUGUUAUCGUUGCUUAAAAUCAGAUCUUGUCCUUGGAGUGA